AUGGCAGCCCAGGGCGCAGAGGAUAGAGAAGAAGACCUGGAGGACGAUGAAAAUACUGACCAAGACUACGCACAGGAUCGCGAGAACGAUAGCGAGUUUGAGGCGACCGAGGAGGAUUUGUUUCAGGGUGGUCUCUACGAACCAUCCGUCCGGAUUCAAGUCCAGGGGAGUGAAGAAGGGAGUGAAGGGCCGGGAGGCGAUGGAGUGCGCCCACGACCCGGUGUGCCCGAAGAACGAUCCGGAGCGCAACAACUCCAUGACGACGGUUGCUCCGACAACGAUAUCGGCACUCUGGGCGAAUGGGCGCAGGAGGAGUUGCGGAGGUGUUAUGUGUUCGGCAUUCCGUUCAAGCCGGUUUGGCUGCUGGCAGGAUUCAGCGGGGAUCGUGGAGACUACUACAUCGGCAGAGCCCGCGCCAAGCUUCCACGGCAUAAGGAUAAGGAGAAGGAUGAGUGGUUGCAGCUCUUGGAUCUCUUGAGGCUUCACAUUUUCCCCUGGGUCGAAGAGGGUUGGAAGAAGGACGCUAUCUUUCGCACGACCGCAGAAGAGAAGAUGCAGAAGAUGCACCUCACCGCCAAUAUGCUCAGGGAGGAGCUUGGGAUUUUGAGAGGAUGUGAAAUGCAGUUGGCGAUGGAGAACGCUGAACUGAGGGAGAAACUCGCCGCUGAGCGAGAGGACAAGGCUCGGGUCAUUGCAGAGUUCGAAGCAUACAAGAGGUCUGUUGAGGCCAGGGAUGACGCGGCAAACACCUCUGCAGAGAUCGACGGAUCGUCGAAGAGCGCGGGAACAGGAGCAAACCAGGCAACGGACGCAUCCAAAGCACCAGUUGCCGUGGAAGAAUUCUUCGUCGUGGUCGUUGUGUCUUGGCGCGAAGCCACCACUGUUGCUGCUGCCUGGAAACUGUGGGUGCAGCCAAGCCUCAUCAUGGGCGGCAGGUCACUGCGCGAAGUCUUUGCAGAGUUCGACCGGUAUAAGAAGAAGAACAAGAAUUCCAGCUUCAUCACCGCAUAUUCCCGCUCCGAGGCGGCGACCGCAACGGCCAUUAAGCUGCUGGACGAGGUUUUACUCAUGUGCAACUUCACGAAAUUCACCAACGGCCUGGCGGUGCUGCAUGAGACUCCGCCCAUCAAGAAACAGAAGACCGGUUCGUCGACGGAAAAGAGGACCGUCAACGACUUGGCGCAACGCAGAGUGGGCUGGCUGUUAGUCAAGAAGGGCCUUCGCGACCAGGAGUGGGCAACUUCGCUGUUUGGGGAUGAUGAGUGGGAGGAGAUCCACAAGGAACACAUGGCGGAGGAGAAGGCGGAAGAGGAGAAACAACGAACUGCUGCGGCGAAGAAGGCGGAACGGGAAAAGGCGAAGGGCGAUGCGUGGAAACGCUAG